UUCAAAUGACUGCUAAGAACAAUGGCUCGCACAAGCUGCAAAGUGCGGAAGUCCAUGUCAUAAGAGCCAUGAGGGUAAGACCGAAAGUAAUUUGAACGUGAUCCAACUCUGCAUUAGUAGGCUACCUCAGGCAAUAACACCUCAAAUGGCGAAUCGAAAAGAUGAUAUUAUAAAGUUUUGCUGUGAAAUCUCCGCCGAUAAGAAGAUACAAGCCGCAUUUAAAGGCUCGGCGAAAGGAGCAGCAGUUGCCGGUGGAGGUGCUUUUGUCGGAGGACUGAUUGGAGGUCCAGCUGGCAUUGCACUCGGUGCUGCAGUGGGAGGUGCGCUGGGAGCAUGGAUGACCAGUGGCCAGUUCAGACCUCUUCCUGAAAUCCUCAUGGAACUGACUCCUUCACAGCAGGACAAACUGUACUCCGAUGUCAUGGCCAUAGUGGGUUCACUCAAAUGGACUGACGUUCCUCAGCUGAUGGCUCAGGUUCAUGGGAAUUCUUCUCUACAAGAGCAAGUGCUGGGUGCUAUACUCAGUUAUACUAAAAACCAGCUUAAAGCUGAGGUCAAGUUUGAGGAUUGACCACUAGAGUUAAUGUUACAGGUCAGCUUUCUAAGACAUUUAGGACAUUUAUUCAUUUGGCAACUUAAAGUAAUGAUAAAAGAAACACUUCAGAAAACUGGCAGUAAAGUAAUUAUAAACAAAUAUUGAUUUAAAAAUGCUCUAUUUAGCUAUGUAUCAUCGUGCAUCUGUUGCAUGUGUUUAUUGGUUAUUUUAAGAAGUUCUGACAUGACAUCCAAACAGAAGUGAACCAUUUUAAAAUGUAUUUUUUAUUCUUGUUAUAAGAGCUUAUUUUUGCUUUGUUGAAGUGCAUGUGUCUAUGUCUGAGACUUCAUGUCUGAGCAUGCAUGUGCAAGUCAGCUCCCAGACACUGGACUUCAGCAUCAGUACUCCAGUCUUCUAUGCCACGUGAUAUUUCAGAACUCAUUUAAUUUACAGGUUUGCUGCUGAUCAAUUAAUAGAUCAGAUUUUCAUUUAGUUUCCCCCAAGAUUCAAUAAUGUAAAGAAAGAUUAAACUGAACACUAUUUCUUUGAAACAGAAAUGUUUACUCUCACUUCUAAUCAGGUUAAUGCAUCCCCACUGAAUAAAAAUACUGCAUUUUUAAGAUUAUCUCACUGACUGCAUCAGCCUAUAAAUGUGAUUGUCUUUUAUGGCUUGGCUGUUCCAAGAUGUUUUUUUUUUUUUUUUUUCUUAUUGUAUUUACUUUGACACCUCAGUGGGUAAAGUGAAAGUUGACCAUUUAGAGCAGCGACCAAAAAUUUAAAAUCAGUCAAAGCAAUAGAAAUGUCUCCAAGUAAAACUUACUAAAUGAUUACAGGACAUGAUGCUUUUAUACGUUCAUUAAACAAGAAGAUGUUUGCAUGAAGUAACAAAUGUUGUACUGGAUAUGACUGUGAAGACAGGGCCAGGCUGCUGACAAAAUUUCAGACCUAGAAAUUACACAUCCACCUAGGCUAUUCUUUGGUAAAUGAACUAAAACUGGAUGAGGGUUUGCUAAAUAAAUCAGCAUAUAGUUGACUCUU